AUGGCGCCAAGAGACGAUUAUGAGGCCGUCCCUUUGGACGACGAGAAACCAUCCGAGGCAGGUUCCUGGGAAACAAGACCAAGCGCCGAUGAGGCAUACCGGAUACAGGAGGCACGAAAGACAGCCAACCACUGGCUAUGGAUCGGGCACAUCGCGUUGCUCUCCAUAUCAACAACCCUCUUCACCCUCGCCACCUGCAUGAGGUAUGCGAAGCCCUCCAGUCUGGCCGUCACCACGCAAUACUCCACAUACUUCGGCGACAUGUCCAUCACCCUCGAGGAGGUCACCCGCCUCGGCCUCUCGCCGGACUCGCUCAAGAUCACGGACCCCAAGACGGGCCGGGUUGGCUACCGCGCCGCCAUCGAGGUUUUCCACCAGCUGCACUGCCUCAACCUGCUGCGGCAGUUCUCGUAUAAGGAGUACUACGCGACGGAGGGCGGGGAUAUUGAUGCGCCGGCGGCGGAUGUGAGGGGGCAUGUUGACCACUGCAUCGAGACGCUGCGCAUGAAUUUGAUGUGCCAGGCGGAUAUCGGCGUGUUUACCUUCAAGGUGUAUCCGGAGCUGGGUGAUGAUGACCCGUGGCCGGACUUUUCGACGCUGCAUACGUGCAGGAACUUUGAGGGCAUCCGGGACUGGGCGCGCGGCAGGGCCGUGACCUGGGAUGAUAAUGCGUAA